AUGCCUGGGGAGUACCCAGCAGGGACAGGGGAUACUCUUGCAGUAGAAGGUCCCAGCACUGAGGAGUCGAAGUUUGAUGAUGAAUUCUGCUUCUCUCUCAUGGUAAGCAGGAAGCUAUCUCUCAUCCCAGUCGUCCAUGUCCAUGUUGCCAUUGCCCCAAUGAAGAAGAAGAUUAGAUUAAACUUAACUUAG